CUACUAUACCAAUACCAAAUAUUCACAUGAGAUGAUGAGCUUCCCUGUCACAAGGGCAUAACCGUCAUUCGCACCCUUAGUGCCUCCCUACUUAAAACUCCCCCAACACAAUUCCAUGGCACAUAACACAAACAAACAAUGAGAGCUCUACGUUCAAUUUUCCUAACAAUCGCCCUCUUCCUCACUACCUCAGCCGCGGCCGAUCCCGCGCCGGCCCCCGGCCCCGCAGAAGAAAAUGCGGCCGAGUUCAUCCGCACGAAUUGCGAGAGCACGCAAUACCCGAAGCUCUGCUACCAAUCCCUGAACGGGUACGCCAACGUGGUGCAGCAGGACCCGGGUCGGCUGGCAGCCGUGGCGAUCGGCGUGAGCCUGGCCCGCGCCACGAUGAUGUCCGUGUACGUGGCGAACCUGAGCCGGCAGGCGGAGCCCGAGCCGCGCGCGGCGUCGGCCCUCCGCGACUGCUUCAGCUUGUUCCGCGACGCGGUGGGGCAGAUGCGCGGCUCGGUCAAGCAGAUGCGCCAGCUUGUGGGAGGUGGGGAGGAGCUCCGCUUCCAGAUGAGCAACGUGCAGACGUGGAUGAGCGCCGCGCUUACCAACGAGGACACGUGCACAGACGGCUUCGAGGGGAUCGCGGACGCCGCGCUCAAGGCGGACGUCUGCGACCGGGCCGUCGACGUCAAGGAGGUCACCAGCAAUGCUCUGGCGCUCGUCAACCGCUUUGUUGAUAAGGUUGUGGUGCCAUGAAUACUGCAUAUCAUCCAACUUUUAUUUAUUUAGUGGAAGCUUUUAGGUAGUAAUUGUUUUUUUUAUAUAUUUAUAUUGGUGAAUAUGGUAAGAGAUGAGAUGUGUGUAUAAAAUGGAAAAAGUUUGAUGAUGGGCUAGCUACUUUGAGUUUUUGGAUUUAUGUAAUUUAGAUAUAUAGGAAAAAAUUUGAUUCUGAUAAUGAUGAGUGCAGUUGCUGUUGUUACAUGUAAUUAUUUGUUUCAGUGCUAAACCGUCAAUUGGUGAUUCUGUUGUAA